AUGCAACGGAACCAUACACCAGGCUUCUCAACAGCCUUUAGACACAACGCAAUACUCCUUGCACAUAGCACACCAGAAAGCAAAUCUAAAUCUCACAAAUCUCCUUCUAACCCAAAGGCUACCAAGUCCGUUCCUCGAAGAAGCCCUAAAUCAGACUUCGGGAGAUCCAGAAAGGGAUCAGUGGCUUCCGUUUUGGAAGAAGCUAAAGAGCUUCAAGACUCCGUCGCUGGUCACAUCUCUAAAUCCUUGAGCGAUGAACAUCCUCUCCGCCAACGUGCUCUUGCUCUCGACUCCAAAAUCCUUUCACUUCGUUUUUCUCUCGAUUCUCUCCUCAACAAUAAACUCAUUAAUCACUCCCUAGCCGAUAAGUUAGAUGAAGAUUUGCAGAGAGACAGAUGUAUUGUUGUUGAUGGCGAUGCUUCUUCGCUUCUUCCAGGACAUGCUCACGGUUAGUUUGCUAAUCAG